CUGAUGGAGUCACGCUGGUGAAGCUCUUCGCAGCCACUCUUUGAUUAAGUCUUAGUGUUGAACAGUUAGAUUAUUCUUGUCAUUGCCUACAAAGAUAUGGAUAAAAGUUUGACACUAGCUUCUUUGUUUAGUGUUGUAUUUGUGCUGAAAGUAACGCAAUAAUGCAGCUUUGACAACUUCAAUCGUUCCGUAUACCUGAAAGCUGAUUGGCUCAGUUACACGUCGGUUCAGCGUCUGACAAGGAAACAGAUUCUCAGCUCUUCACAGUGUGCACCAGUACAUCUGCAAAGCAGCUCUGAUAUGACUGAAAGAAGCCUCUCUCUUCAGCUGGUCAAAAGAGCUUAGGUACAGAUGAAAAUUACCAUUCCGAAAUGUGACAGGAUGUUGAACCACCACUGCAGAAGGAACCCUGAGCUUCAUGAAGAGCUGCAGAUCCAGGCUGCAGUGGCAGCAGGGGAUGUAUACACUGUUAGGAGAAUGCUGGAGCAAGGAUACUCGCCAAAGAUCCGCGAUGCCAAUGGCUGGACACUGCUUCACUUCUCGGCAGCCAAGGGAAAAGAGAGAUGUGUUCGAGUUUUUCUGGAGCAUGGAGCUGACCCCACAGUGAAGGACUUUAUCGGUGGCUUCACCGCACUUCACUAUGCAGCUAUGCAUGGCAGAGCGCGCAUUGCCCGACUGAUGCUGGAGUCAGAGUUUCGAAGUGACAUCAUAAAUGCAAAAAGUAACGAUGGCUGGACGCCGCUGCAUGUGGCUGCCCACUAUGGUCGAGACUCAUUCGUGCGGCUCCUGCUCGAGUUCAAGGCCGAGGUAGACCCUCUGAGCGACAAAGGAACCACGCCACUACAGCUCGCCAUAAUCCGCGAGCGCUCCAGCUGUGUACGGAUCCUCCUUGACCACAGCGCCAACAUUGACAUUCAAAAUGGCUUCCUGCUACGCUAUGCUGUCAUCAAAGGCAAUCACUCAUACUGCCGCAUGUUCCUGCAGAGGGGAGCGGACACUAAUCUUGGACGCCUUGAAGAUGGCCAAACUCCCUUACAUUUGUCAGCUCUAAGGGAUGAUGUGUUGUGUGCCCAGAUGCUCUACACCUAUGGAGCAGAUACCAAUACUAGGAAUUACGAGGGCCAGACUCCGGUGGCCGUGUCUGUUAGCAUGUCAGGGAUUAGCCGGCCUUGUCUGGAUUUCCUGCAGAAGGUCACAAGACAACCUCGGACUCUACAAGAUUUGUGUCGAAUAAAAAUCCGUCACUGUAUUGGCCUUCAAAGCUUGAAAUUCUUGGAGGAUCUACCACUUGCAAAGGUUAUGAAAGACUAUUUAAAACACAAGUUUGACAGUGUGUGAAGCAAUAACACAAGAAUAGGAGAGAUGACAAAUCUCUUAAGAGACUAUGCAAUCAUCCUCAUCUGAAAGGAAAGGUACAGAAACCAGUUGUGAACUUGUUCACAGGGCAUUUUCUUCACCUAGUUCUCAGUGCAUUAAAACAUUAUUCAACCUUUUUACAAUAAGAAAAGUUGCCCAAGAAUGGAAAUGGAUCCACCUCAAGUUUGUUUUUUCAUUUAGUUUUUUGUGGUUUUGUAGAAAAGAGAAACCUCAUUUGACUGCAGAAAACAUUCUUCCUGCACUUAGGAUUUUUACUCUUUAUUUUCUUUCUGUAAAUGUGCAUGAUGAUAUUCUCCAUGGGUAUACUCAGUGUAUUGAUUGUCAUUUUGUUUAUCAUUAAACCUUGUUUAAAACAAAGUGCUUCAAUGAUCAUGAUUAUGAUUUCAAAAUUAGAAUAAUGAUUUCAAAAAUGUUAUGAAUGCUAAUUAUAAUUGUUAAAAAAGCAAACAACAAAUUCUCCAGUGCGCUCCCUGAUUUGUUUUACUGCACAACACCUGAGCCUGAAUCCAAAAGGCACUGCAUUUACAUUUCUGAAUCACUACUUACAACAGGCAUGUCUCAGCUGUAUUCCUCACAUCGAUGGCUCUUUGAGAGUGUCCUUCUGCUUUGGAAGGAAAGGAGUAAGAAAAAAUAUGGAGCUUUAGGUGGCCGGGAAAUAUGGAUUCUGUGUUAUAUCUAACAGCACAGUGUAGAAUACUACUAUACAAACAUGAAAACAAGUUGUGAAUUAUUCCAAACAAUUAAACAAACUUUCAUACCAGCUAGUUUUUGGUUUGCUUGUCCAACCAGAUUGAGGUUGAUUUUAAAAUAAAUUGAAAGGUUUCAAGCUUCUACUGGAUGCUGUGACAAAAGCAGCAAGAAUAUCUUUUUAAAAUGGCAUUACAUUUAGUACAACAAUAGACUAUGCAGACAUAUUUUGACUUUAUUAUGACACAACAAUAUACCCAGCAUAUAGAGUUUUGCAACCGAGGUUAACGCUCGAAACUCUGUCACUUAAAAAGUGGGCUCUCCGUUUCUGUGCCAUAUGUAGUUAUUGAGCGUGGAGUGGGAAGCGCUGUGUUGAAAGUCCGUGUUGAUGUUUGUUUCAAAUGUGAUAUUCAUAUUACUGGUUUAAUCAAUCUGUUCUAGUGACAACAUCCUGUCAUUCCAGCAUAAGUCACAAUAACUGUUAAUCAUGGCUAGAUCCAGACAUCGUGUGUCUGGUAGAACCAGGUUUCAUUAAGAUAUUUGAUGACUUGGCAGCGUAACCACCUUUGAGUUCUCUGCUGUUGUCAUGUCUUUGUGUUGUCUGUAUUUUAUUCAGCAAAUACAAAUAUCCUGCCCCACUCAUUGCACACGAGCACUGAGAAAGGAUGAUCUCUGUGCUACAUCGGGAAAAGUAAACAUGCACAGACCAGUGUCUCAGUCAUGGUGUCAAUUAGAAGCAGGAUUUAUAAGACAAAUGCUGUCUUUGUGAUAAAACUCACAAGAGACCUACAAAGUCAUAAUCUGUUACUGUGACAGUUGUGUUUGUUACGUAUUGACACCAAUAUGUAAAAUUGAAAUUGCCUAACUUAAAGAGCUGUGAGGCUGCUUAUUUAAGCAUGAGGUCAAUCUUUCACAUGUUAAUGGGGAAAGGUUUUCAGGUGUGCAAAAGCAAUUCAUGGGAGCAAGAAUACUAAAGUCCUGAAUUAGUAACAUGGAUAUACAAUCACUAGAAGCUAAGAUCAGUGUAAAUAUGUGACAUGGACAAGAGAUAUUUUUUGGAGAAUUUAUUUAAACGAUGAUCUCUAAAUGUAUUUAAAGUCUGGAAAGUAUUGUGAUCUGUUUGUUGUGACUCAUGUUUCUUUUUGUUCAAAUACAUGAAACAUUUGGAAUCAGUGUGUUUGAUUUCUAUUGCAGACAUGCUUUCUUAAAAUUAAAAAACUUGCAGUUAACUGUUUUGGGAGAGAUACUGUGAAUCUUUUUUUUUUUUUUUACUUAUUACAAAAUAA